UACAACAUGGCGCGCUGACAGCUCUGCUGGGAGGGGUGGGCGCUGCAGAGAAGGCCUCAGCCUUUCCCUCUCCGUCCCCACACCGCUGAGAAGCCGCAGGAUGAACAGUGCAGAUGAGAUUACCAAGGACAGAAUCUGGAGGGACACUAAGCAAUGAGGGGACUUGAGGGGAUGAAGAAGACUGGCUGAUGGAACAGUCAGUAUUACUGGAGCAGGACCAAUCAAGUACAUGUAGAAAUAUAAACCGAUUGGUAAAAUAGGUGAGGGAACAUUUUCUGAUGUUCUGAAGACACAGAGUCUUAGGGAUGGAAAUUACUAUGCAUGCAAACAAAUGAAACAGCAUUUUGAAAGUAUCGAGCAAGUGAAUAGUCUGCGAGAAAUACAAGCACUGAGGCGACUGAAUCCACAUCCUAAUAUCCUUAUGUUACACGAGGUGGUUUUUGACAGAAAAUCUGGCUGUCUUGCACUAAUAUGUGAACUUAUGGACAUGAAUAUUUAUGAGCUAAUAAGAGGGAGGAGAAAGCCAUUAUCUGAAAAAAAAAUAAUGAACUACAUGUACCAGUUAUGCAAGUCCCUCGAUCACAUGCACAGAAAUGGAAUAUUUCAUAGAGAUGUGAAACCAGAAAAUAUAUUAAUAAAGCAGGAUACCCUGAAGCUAGGAGACUUUGGAUCUUGUAGGAGUGUAUAUUCCAAGCAGCCAUAUACAGAAUAUAUCUCUACACGCUGGUACCGAGCACCUGAGUGUUUGCUCACAGAUGGCUACUAUAGCUACAAAAUGGACAUGUGGAGCUCUGGCUGCGUUUUCUAUGAAAUCACAAGUUUCCACCCUCUCUUUCCUGGAUCUAAUGAAUUGGACCAAAUAUCAAAAAUCCAUGAUAUUCUAGGCACCCCUGCUAAGAAAACUCUUAAUAAAUUCAAACAGUCAAGAGCUAUGAGUUUUGAUUUCCCCUUUAAAAAAGGGACAGGACUAUCUCCACAUGUGCCUAAUAUCUCCCCCAAGAGCCUCUCCCUUAUGUAUGCGAUGAUAGAAUACGAUCCUGAUCAGAGAAUUGGUGCCCACCAAGCACUACAGCAUCCUUAUUUCCAAGAGCUGAGAACAGCAGAGAAGCAAGCUGUAACCAUGCACAGAAAAAUGAGAUUAGCAGAAAACAUAGUGGGACAAGAAUCUAUCAACUUGUGGUGUAUUUCAAAGGAUGGUAAUAGGCAGCACUCUCUUAGGAAAACCCAGGAGAAUCCAAUAAGACAUCAUGGACCUUCCUGUGGAAUAGAAUUGCCAAAACUGAAUGUUUCUGGAGUAACCAAGUUGACUUCUUAUCCUAGUCCUUCAUUUCAUUCAGUUUUUACUGAACCUGCAACAAAUGGUGAAGUCCCUGUGUUACAACCUAUUAAAUAUAUUGGGACAAAUCACAAGUCUGAAAAACAGAAGGAGCUUAAGUCUUCUAUGAAACAAUACCACUUACCCGCUAUAGAAAGAAGAGGUGGAGGAUAUUGACCAGCUUGUCAAAUAUUUGGAAUGUAAGGAAAAGCAUGAGUAUACAGUGAAACAGAGUCAACCAUGCUUUCUAUAUUAUUGUCAAAGGUACACCAAAAGCAAUAGUGCCUUAUAUUUUCUUUCCCUGAAAUGAUGCAGGAAAACACUACAAGACUAUUAGCACUUUGGUACUUUAUUUCUGAAUGGUAUCAAUAUUUAUCUAAGCACCAUUUUGGCAGGUCAAAAUGCACUUUAUACUUGAACCUUUUUAAACAAAUUCACUUUUUUUAAUUUUUUAAAAACAGAAAUGGAUAGUUGAGGAUUUUAGUUGGAGGAAUGACAUUUUGUAAUUAAGUUUUAUAUUAUAUACAAAAUAGUUUAUGAUGUUAUUUAAGACUUGUUAAACUUGAUCUGUUCAUUUUGUACCUUUUUAACAGAUGGAAAUGUUAGUUGCGUAGACAAUGUUGGAAAAUAAUUACCUCCUGUAUUAGGUUGAUAGUUUCAAAGCUCAAGUCUUGUUAAUAUUUUAUGGAUUAUGAUAUAAUUUGAGAAACCUGAUUUCAGUAAAAUUAAAUAGUUUUAAUUACUUGUA